AUGACUUUCUCUACUGUUUACGAAGAAUCUUUCAUCGACCGGGUGUAUGACACCUGUGAGGAGCACCGCGUAACAAUCAUCGACACUCUCAUCUGCGAGAAUAUGAUUCUCAAACGGCAACCCCAAUACCUGGGCUCAGGGUCCUCUGGCCACAGUUUUGCAGUACAAGUUGGCCAUCAACGAUGGGUCUUAAAGCAGUACUACGACGACCCGGUCGUGCAAGACAUAAUGCUAAGAGAGAUCGUUCAGCUCUCCUCCGUGCAGAACUUCCCUUGCGUCCAGCGUCUGGUUGGCGUAGUUCCCGAGUACCUCACCAUUGUGACGCAGUACGCCGGCGAACCCCUCCACACCUGCAUCACCAAAAAACUCUACUCACCAAACGAGUUCAUCUCGAUCAUGCAGCAGGUGCUCAACGCCGUCAAAUAUCUGCACAGUAAACACAUCCUCCACCUGAAUCUCAAGCCUGCCAAAAUAUGUAUACUCCGAGACAAAGAAGGCGACCUACGGGCCACCCUGAUCGACUUCGGGUCUUCACACCCAGCUGGUGAUUGCAUACAAUAUUGGGACAACUCACCAACAACAUACCCGUCUACAGACCCACAGCUGUUCAACGGAGAGCCUUGCCACCCUACCAACGAUAUCUAUAGCUUUGGCUGGAUGCUGGCCACGCUGUUGCCACACGUGCUAGAAAACAACAUCCCCGAAAAUCUUGACUUAUGGGCGAAAGGUGCCCAACAUAAGGACUCAAAAAAGAGGCCAACCCUACUAGAAUUGUCGAACCUCCUUCAGUGUGUCGUUCAGACACUGAAGAGAGAGGCUCAGGCUGCCCAAGACUCAGCUGUCAACAAGAUGGCCUCUCAAUUAU